AUGCUGCCCAAGCGCGCCAAGGCGCCCGGCGGCGGCGGCGGCGGCGUGGCCAAGGCCAGCGCUGCGGAGCUGAAGGUCUUCAAGUCCGGCAGCGUGGACAGCCGGAUCCCCGGCGGGCUGCCCGCCUCCAACCUGCGCAAGCAGAAGUCGCUCACUAACCUCUCGUUCCUCACGGACUCCGAGAAGAAGCUGCAGCUCUAUGAGCCCGAGUGGAGCGACGAUAUGGCCAAGGCGCCCAAGGGCUUGAGCAAGCUGGGGCCCAAGGGCCGCGAGGCUCCGCUGAUGUCCAAGACGCUGUCCAAGUCGGAGCACUCGCUUUUCCAGGCCAAGAGUGGCCCGGCGGGCGGCACCAAGACCCCCCUGGCUCCGCUAGCGCCCAACCUGGGAAAGCCGAGCCGGAUCCCGCGCGGACCCUACGCGGAGGUCAAGCCGCUCAGCAAGGCGCCGGAGGCGGCCGUGAGCGACGACGGCAAAUCGGACGACGAGCUGCUCUCCAGCAAGGCCAAGGCCCAAAAGGGCUCUGGGCCCGUGCCCUCCGCCAAGGGCCAGGAGGAGCGCGCCUUCCUCAAGGUGGACCCUGAGCUUGUGGUGACUGUGCUGGGCGACCUGGAGCAGCUGCUCUUCAGCCAGAUGCUGGACCCAGAGUCCCAGAGAAAGAGGACAGUGCAGAAUGUCCUGGAUCUUCGACAGAACCUGGAAGAGACCAUGUCCAGCCUGCGAGGGUCCCAGGUGACUCACAGCUCCCUAGAGAUGACCUGCUACGACAGCGAUGACGCCAACCCUCGCAGCGUGUCCAGCCUCUCCAACCGCUCAUCCCCUCUCUCCUGGCGCUACGGCCAGUCCAGCCCGCGGCUGCAGGCCGGUGACGCGCCUUCCGUGGGUGGGAGCUGCCGCUCUGAGGGGCCACCCGCCUGGUACAUGCACGGGGAGCGGGCCCACUACUCCCACACCAUGCCCAUGCGCAGCCCCAGCAAGCUCAGCCACAUCUCCCGCCUGGAGCUGGUCGAGUCCCUGGACUCGGAUGAGGUGGACCUCAAGUCCGGCUACAUGAGCGACAGUGACCUCAUGGGCAAGACUAUGACUGAGGAUGACGACAUCACUACUGGCUGGGAUGAAAGCAGCUCCAUCAGCAGUGGGCUCAGCGAUGCCUCGGACAACCUCAGCUCGGAAGAGUUCAAUGCCAGCUCCUCACUUAACUCCCUCCCAACUACUCCCACUGCUUCUCGCAGGAACUCUACAAUAGUGCUACGCACGGACUCAGAGAAGCGCUCACUGGCAGAAAGUGGGCUGAGCUGGUUUAGUGAAUCAGAGGAAAAGACUCCCAAAAAACUGGAGUACGACAGUGGUAGCCUGAAGAUGGAACCUGGGACUUCUAAGUGGCGGAGAGAGCGGCCUGAGAGCUGUGAUGAUUCAUCCAAGGGUGGAGAACUGAAAAAGCCCAUCAGCCUGGGACACCCUGGUUCCCUGAAGAAGGGCAAGACCCCACCAGUGGCUGUCACUUCCCCCAUCACUCAUACAGCCCAGAGUGCCCUCAAAGUCGCAGGCAAACCUGAAGGCAAAGCUACAGACAAGGGUAAGCUUGCGGUGAAGAAUACUGGGUUACAGCGCUCCUCUUCUGAUGCCGGCCGGGAUCGCCUGAGCGAUGCUAAGAAGCCCCCCUCGGGCAUUGCUCGCCCCUCCACUUCAGGAUCCUUUGGCUACAAGAAGCCUCCUCCUGCCACAGGCACAGCCACUGUCAUGCAGACUGGUGGUUCAGCCACUCUCAGCAAGAUCCAGAAGUCCUCGGGCAUCCCUGUCAAGCCAGUAAAUGGACGCAAGACUAGCUUAGAUGUGUCCAACAGCACAGAGCCGGGAUUCCUGGCUCCUGGAGCCCGUUCCAACAUCCAGUACCGCAGCCUGCCCCGGCCAGCCAAGUCCAGUUCUAUGAGCGUGACUGGUGGGCGGGGUGGCCCUCGCCCUGUUAGCAGCAGCAUUGACCCCAGUCUUCUCAGCACCAAGCAGGGAGGCCUUACACCCUCCAGACUGAAGGAGCCUUCCAAGGUAGCCAGUGGGCGGACCACUCCAGCCCCUGUCAAUCAGACAGAUCGGGAAAAGGAGAAGGCCAAAGCGAAGGCAGUGGCCUUGGACUCAGACAACAUCUCCUUGAAGAGCAUUGGCUCCCCAGAAAGUACUCCCAAAAACCAAGCAAGCCACCCCCCAGCAACCAAGUUGGCAGAGCUGCCACCAGCCCCUCUCAGGGCCACAGCUAAGAGCUUUGUCAAGCCACCCUCACUAGCCAAUCUAGACAAGGUCAACUCCAACAGUCUGGAUCUACCAUCGUCCAGCGACACCCACGCUUCAAAGGCCCCAGAUCUGCAUGCUACAAGCUCCGCAACUGGGGGACCUCUCCCUUCUUGUUUCACCCCCAGUCCAGCACCCAUCCUCAAUAUUAACUCAGCCAGCUUCUCUCAGGGCCUGGAGCUAAUGAGCGGCUUCAGUGUCCCCAAGGAGACCCGCAUGUACCCCAAACUCUCAGGCCUGCACAGGAGCAUGGAGUCCCUCCAGAUGCCAAUGAGCCUGCCCAGUGCCUUCCCCAGCAGUACUCCCAUCCCCACCCCUCCUGCUGCCCCCACUGCCCCCGCAGAGGAAGAGACGGAAGAGCUGAGCUGGAGUGGCAGCCCCAGAACUGGGCAAUUGGACAGUAAUCAGAGGGAUCGGAACACACUUCCCAAGAAAGGACUCAGGUACCAGCUCCAGUCCCAGGAGGAGACCAAGGAGAGGCGACACUCCCAUACCAUCGGGGGGCUCCCUGAAUCCGACGACCAGUCAGAGCUGCCUUCACCCCCUGCACUAUCCAUGUCCUUGAGUGCAAAGGGCCAGCUUACCAACAUAGUGAGUCCCACUGCGGCCACCACGCCAAGAAUCACCCGCUCCAACAGCAUCCCCACCCACGAGGCGGCCUUCGAGCUGUACAGCGGCUCCCAAAUGGGGAGCACCCUGUCCCUGGCCGAGAGACCCAAGGGAAUGAUUCGGUCCGGAUCCUUCCGAGACCCCACGGAUGAUGUUCAUGGUUCAGUGCUGUCCCUGGCCUCCAGUGCCUCCUCCACGUACUCCUCAGCUGAGGAGAGGAUGCAAUCUGAGCAAAUCCGGAAGCUUCGUAGGGAACUGGAAUCAUCCCAGGAAAAAGUGGCCACCCUGACAUCUCAGCUUUCUGCCAAUGCUAAUCUAGUGGCUGCUUUCGAGCAGAGUCUGGUGAAUAUGACAUCCCGCCUGCGACACCUGGCAGAGACAGCCGAGGAGAAGGACACUGAGCUGCUGGAUUUGCGAGAAACCAUAGACUUUCUGAAGAAAAAGAACUCUGAGGCUCAGGCAGUCAUUCAGGGAGCACUUAAUGCCUCAGAAACCACACCCAAAGUGACUCCCGACUUCACCACUUCUCUCAAGCUCCUCUUCCUACCGCUGACUUGCCUCACUCUGAACAUAGCCUUUGCCUCCUCCUUGUUUAAGGAAAUGAACGUCUUCAA